AUGUCGAGCAACAACACCGAUGAAGAGGCGCCCACGGGAGCCAAAAGCGGUACUAUUGUUGUCGGUAUCGUCGUACCCUCAGUCUUGAUCAUCCUACUUCUUGGACUGAUCAUCAUAAACCGCCGCAGGGGCUCCAUUUUCCGACCAUGUAGCCGCGCCGAAUCUGGUAGCAAAGAGAAGCGCUGGAAAACGCGACAAGAUGAGCUAGAAAGCCACAUCAAAUCUCAAAAUUUCUAUGAUUGGCUCGCAAGUCAGAAAGAGAAGUCCGCUGUUGCGUCACAACCACACGAUCCACUAUGUGCCAUCUGUCUGGACGACUUUUCCGACGAUGCGCAGGUUCGGGGCCUUCACUGCUCUCACGCCUUUCACUCACGUUGUCUGGACGAAUGGUUCAUAAGGUACAACGAAUACUGUCCAUUGUGUCAUCGACCAAUAAUACCAGGCUCUCGAGCGACGAGGAGAAAAGCCCGUGAGAGACUGGAUCCGACCAUUCCAGUAGUCCUGAUGGUAUAG